AUGGAUGUCAUAUUCGAAGUUGAAAUAAAAAAUUUAUUCUUGAGAGAUGAAUUAAGACUUUAUCUGCAUGAAAUGAUAUUCAUAUUCGAACUCACUAUUAGAGGACUGGGAAAGGUAUUUUAGAAAAGAAUGCCACCUAAUGAAAUUUUGAGAGUAUGCGCGAAAAAAGCCUUUAUUUCAGCUGAUAUGGACAAUAAUGGUUAUUUGACUAUUGAUGAAAUGGAAAUGUGGUGCUAUAACAAUCUCGACUUCAAGAAAUUCUUAAUGAGAUUCGGUAAAUAGUACUAAUAUAUAAACGAUUUAAUAGAAACCCCUAAAGUUAUCCCAUAUGAGGCAUGGACAUUUGAAGACUUCCAAUUGGUAGAUUUCAGAUGCUUUAUAAACGAAGCUUUAAAUACUUAGAGCGAACUUGAAUACAUAAUGAGAUUGACAAAGUCUUAUAAACUUAAGUAAAAGUCUAAAAAGGGAGAAUCAUCAAUGUCAAGGACGCAUACAUCUUCUCCUAAUAGAAGAGAGAGUAUUCAAUUUGAGACAAUGGAUAAAAUUUCACAACCCUCAAUGCAUCAAAGAGGAUCAUCUAUGAAUUUAAAUUUGCUAAACACUCACACAACGACCUAGCCAACUUAGGCUCCUGGUACCAAGAAAAUCGAUUUUAAAAUGAGCUCAAAGUUACAAAAUAUGGUUAAGAAAAAGUAUCUUAUAAACCUUGAUAAGCAAUACUAAGAAGAAAUGGAGAGAAGGAAAAAUUACAAGUUAUAGAAAGAACAAUAGAGAUUUCUGAUGGAGACAGAGAAAUAAGAAUAGGAAUUACAAUAAACCAGAAAGACAAUGAAAAAAUCUUAAAUAUAAUAUAGGCUUCUUACUUAUGCCAAGAAGCUUGUUAGUGAAAAAAAGGAAUAGGACUCUCCAAAAAAAAUUAAGAUAAAUAAAGAUGUGGUCUAAGUGAUUCAUUAUGAACCUAAAUUCAUGUCGCUUGAGAAAAUUGAAAUUAAAGAUCCUAUAUAGAUAAGGCCAUUAACUGCUAGAGAGAGGCAUAAAGAGGACAUAGAUAAAAUGAUAAUGAAGUCAGGUCUCAUCAAGAAAGACAACUUCAUAGAUUCACAAAAGAAGGAGAUAUUUAACGAUUUAGAACUUUGCAAAAAAUCAAAUAAGAUUAUCUAUAUUGAGAAUAAUAUUAAAUAAAAAACAGCUUCCUCAACUAGCAGAUAAACUAAUAGUCAUUAUAACUUGGAUAUAAUAAGUAGACUAUUUGAGUUUUACAAUAAAGCAUUAUUAAUUAGAGUGAAAAAGGGGAAAUUAUCUGAUUUAAACAUUCUGAUUAAAGAAUAUAAACUUGAGACAGAUUACGUUGAUAAAUAGCUGCUUUUGACUUAGAAUAUUACAUUUCAAGACUUCAUGUACUCGUAUUUGGGUCAUAUACUAAAGUAAGACACAAUUUCAAAGAUGUUUGAUAAGUAUGUUGAAUAAGAGUCUGAGAAUAGUAUGCCAUAGCAAGCUAUAAUGACUACAACAAUAAAUUCACAUAGAACAAGCAAUGAUCAUAGCCGAGCCUAAAGUAGUUAUGGUAGAACAUAAACUUUUAGAAGGACAUAGUCGGGCUUUGAUAGUGGUGCUACACCAAGGGAUUCAAAUAUAUUUGCUAGCUACUAUGAGUUUACUAAACCUUAGAUAUAUAUUGAAUACCCAAAUAAAAGUUUGAUCUCACAUAGAAAUGGAAAGACCCAAAACAGGCCAUUUCUUGGAUCUGCCUGGUCUAGUAAAUAACUUUGA